AUGCGGCGGCGUCGGCCGCAGCCUGGGACGGAGGAAUCGCGAGGCUCCUCUGCAGCAGCAACAGCAGCAGCAGGAGCAGCGGCAGCAGCAGCAGCAGCAGCAGCAGCAGGGUCGCGGCCUCCGCCGGCCACUCCGUGUGCAACAGCGGCCUGCGAGAAUCUCGUUGGACGCACAGGCCCGGCAGGACGAGGAGCAGCAGCAGCAGGAGCAGCAAGAGGCACAGCAGCAGCAGCAGCAGCAGCAGCAGCAGCAGCAGCAAAUGACCGCCGCAGCGCAGCACCCUGCCCCAUAGCGAAAGUCCCCCCCCACCUGCUGGCGCAGGUGCUGGCAAUUGCUGCAGGAGACAGCAGCAGCAGCGAGACGGAGCGGCUUAAGUCAGUUUGUGUUGAGUGGGCAAAGACAAUCAGCAGCAGAGAGUUUACUUUUCUUUUGCCGCUGAGGCUUUCUUACGUGGCCCGGCGCCAGCAGCAGCAGCAGCAGCAGCAGCUGCAGCAGCAGCAGCAGCUGCAGCAGCAGCAGCAGCAGCAGCAGCUCCAGCAGUUCUACUUCCGCAAUGCCGCAAGCAGCAGCUACCACACCAACGCAGCAGCAGCUGCUGCUGCCGCCGCGGCGCCGCCGCUCUGCGGAAUAGCUCCGGCGCUGCUGACAGCAGCACCCGUGCUGCCAGCAGCAGCAGCAGCAGCAGCAGCAGCAGCAGCAGCAGCAGCAGCAGCAGGCCCCCGAUUGUCGGGCGCAGUUGGCGGCGGCUGUGCGCUGCUGCCUGCGUCUCGUUUCCCGGUCCCCGGGGCUGGGUUCCCAGCAGCGGGUCUUGGAGCAGCACGAACAGCAGCAGCAGGAGCAGCAGCAGCAGCAGCAGCAGCAGCAGCAAUUGGACUCUCUGCAGCAGAAGCAGCAGACCUGCGCGCGCAAGGCACUGAAGGCGGGCUGCUGCUGGACGGCCCCGUGUUUGGCUUGAGCCGCAGCAGCUGCAGCGCCGUGUGUGAGUGGCUGCUGUCAGCAGUGCCGCACACUUCGCGGCUGCUGCUGCAGCAGCAAAAGGGAGACAUUGACUAUUUGCUGCUGGAGUCUCUGGGGCUGCUGCUGCUGCGCAGCGCGCCCUACCUGUCGCACCUGACGCUGGCGGACCGCCGAGCAGCAGCAAGGCUGCUGCCGCUGCAGCAGGAGUGCAGCAGCGCAGCUGCGGGGCCGAAGCAGCUGCAGCUGCCGGCAGCAGCAGCAGCAGCAACAGCAGCAACAGCACCCGCAGCAGCAGCAGCAGCAGCAGCAGGGCCCCGCGUGCAGCCGCUGACGGCGGCCGAGGAGCAGCGGCUGUCCGCGUGGCUGUCGCAGCGGCAGGAGGAGCGCGCAGCAGCAGCGGGCGCCGCGCCCGCCGCAGCAGCAGCAGCAGCAGCAGCAGCAGCAGCAGCAGCGUGCCCCCGCGUCACCUUUUCGCAACUCAAGUAUGUCCGAGCAGCGCAUGCAAACUUCCUCAGAUCCUUGAGGGCCCCCCAGCUCCAAGAGCUGCGGCUGGACCUGAGGCUGGACGUCAGCAGCCCGCUGCUGCUGCUGAGCGUCUGCGCGCCGCAGCUGCAGCAGCUGCUGCUGCGCGCGCAGCGCAGCAAAAUCCUGUGGCUCUCUUUUGCUGCUUUCUUGGCCGAAAGUGGAGCAGCAGCACUUAAGACUCUCGAAGUCCAUGCCACUCAUGCUCCGAAAAACUUGUCGAAUUUCGCGAAGACAACUUUGGCCCAAAUGCACAGCAGCAGCCAUUUGCCGCUGCACCACGCCCGCGCCCUCUUUGCUGCAGCAAAGCCUCCGCAGCAGCAGCCCCCCGCUGCUGCUGCUGCUGCUGCUGCAGCUCCGGGCGACGCGCCCGACGCAGCAGCAGCAGACCCAGCAGCAGCGGCGGAAACAGCAGCAGCAGCAGGAACCUCGUCCUCGCGCGACCAGCCCCAGGAGCAGCAGCAGCAGCAGCAGCAGCAGCAGCUGCAGCAGCAGCGGGGGCUGAAGGCGGCAGCAGCAGCAGACUUCUCCUUCUGGGGCCCCAAAGGACUUUGCUUCCCCUCUCUUGUGUCUCUCACCUGCCACAGCAGCUUGCUGGAGACUUUGCUGUGCGCAAAGGCGCAGCUGCCGCUGCUGCAGCACCUCAGCACUUGGGGCUGCAGGCUGCGCAUUGGCCGCUUUCUUGCUGCUGCUGCUUCUCUGAAGACUCUGCAGGUCAGCCGCAUUGGCUGCUCCUGCCGCUCCUGCUUCUUGCUGCGGGUCAAGCGCACUGCAGCAGCCAGCAGCAGCAGCAGCAGCAGCCGCAACGGCGCCGCCAGCAGCAGCAGCAGCUCCGGCUGCUUGAGCUGGAGGCAGCAGCCCGCCCCGCAGCAGCAGCAGCAGCAGCAGCAGCCACAAGAGCAAACCAUUUCAAACAUCGAAGAAUACGGAGGCUCUUCAGCCUUUCUCUACAGGGGCUUCGCCUUUCCCAGACUCAAAACCCUCGUCGCUUUGCCCCUCAUGGCCACUGUGGGGCCCUUCGUGCAGCAGCAGCAGCAGCAGCAGCAGCAGCAGCAGCAGCAGCAGCAGCAGCAGCAGGAGCGGGAGCGGGAGCGGGAGCAGGAGCGGGAGCGGGAGCAGGAGCAGCAGCAGCAGCAGCAGCAGCGGCAGCAGCGGCAGCGGCAGCGGCAGCGGCAGCAGCGCCAAGUCUGGAAGCAGCGGCCUGCUGCUGCUGUGCCCAUUUCUUCGCACUUUAUUUGCUGCGGAACUUCUCAAGAAAGAAAUGGAAGUUUGGGGGCGAAGUGGCAGUCCUUGGUGCUCACUUUCUUCCAGCUGCAGCAGCGCCAGCAGCAGCAGCAGCAGCAGCAGCAGCAGCAGCGCAAGCAGCAAAACCGACACUCCAACAGCACGCGCAGAUGCAGGGACGAGCAGCAGCAAACCAGACGCAGCGCCCAGCAACCUGCCAGGCGGUGGCCCGCUGCAGCAGCAGCAGCAGCAGCAGCGCCAGCAGCAGUAGCAGAAGAAGUAGCAGCAGCAGCAGCAGCACAGAGGCCUCCAGCAGCAGGUGCGGCAGAAAGCGAGGCACUGACAGGCCCAGCUGCUGCUGCGCCAAACCUGCUGCCAGCAGCAGCAGCAGCAGCAGCAGCCACACCAGCGCCUGAGGCGGCAGCCGCAGCCACAACAGCAGCAGAGGCACCCGAUAGCACCACAGCAGCAGCAGCAGCAGCAGCAGCAGAGGCAGCAGCUUAG